CUAAUUUGUACACAAUUCUUAAUAUAUCUACCAAAAAUCUAAAAAAUCAUGUAGUUGUUAUUCUUUUCUAAAAGUUAUUCCAGGGGGCAGGACUGGGGGCAGUAGGGACGGAGAAGGCCACUGAGGCCUGUUCCGGUGGGGUCUGGGGUCGGGGUCCCGGGCUGCGGCCAGCCUGGCCAUGCUGCAGCUGCGGGACUCAGCCGACUCCGUGGACACGAGCCCCAUCGCAGUGCUGGUGGCAGGCGAGGAGGUCGGCGUGGACCGCUGGGGCAUGGGCGGAGGGCAGCUGGGCGCGGGCAUGCCGCUGCGCCAGACGCUGUGGCCACUCAGCAUCAGCAUCCACCACACCACGCGCCGGGCCAGCGUCAAGGAGUACUUCGUGUUCCGGCCGGGCACCACAGAGCCGGCGGUGGAAGAGAUGGGCAUGGUGGUGCGGCCGGUGGAGGACAGUGACAUCCAGGGCAUGUGGCUGAUGACCAAGGUGGACCACUGGAACAACGAGAAGGAGCGGCUGGUACUCAUCACGGACCAGGCGCGGCUCAUCUGCAAGUACGACUUCAUCAGCCUGCGGCAGCAGGUGGUCCGCAUAGCCCUCAACGCGGUGGACACCAUCUCCUGCGGGGAGUUCCAGUUUCCCCCCAAGUCGCUCAACAAGCAAGAAGGUUUGGGGAAUCGCAUUCAGUGGGACAAACAGAGCCGCCCUUCAUUCAAAAACAGAUGGAACCCCUGGUCCACCAACGUGCCUUAUGCCACGUUCAUAGAGCACCCGAUGGCCGGUGUGGAUGGGAAGCCGGCCUCUCUGUGCCAAUUGGAAAGCUUCAAAGCUAUGUUAAUCCAAGCUGUCAAAAAAGUUCACAAAGAAAGUCUCUUGCCAGGACAAGCCAACGGAGUAUUGGUUUUGGAGCGUCCCCUCCUCAUCGAGACCUAUGUGGGAUUGAUGUCCUUCAUUAAAAAUAAGGCUAAAAUGGGUUAUUCCAUGACCAGAGGCAAAAUAGGCUUCUAAUUGCCACCCACGGGUGGACCUGGGGACUCGAGCAGCAGACCUCAGGCUUGCUCCAAGGCCCCUGCAGGGUUGGGGCUGUUAACCCUUAGGAAGCGCAGUGUGAGUAGAACAGUCAAAUGGA